AUUAUCACUUGGUGAUAACUUACAUGUAUUCCUUGCCUUACAUGUCAUAAUUAUUGAAGCUGGAAGUCACUCUUACAUAAGAAGAUGGAUUAUCUUGUAUAUAAAUGGAAGCUAUGGUACACGUGGUUUGAUAUCAAUAAAGACGGUAAAGUCGACUUUGCAGAUGCCGAACAGGAAAGGUCAAAGUUCAGUAAACUACAUCAUCUAAGUGACGACGAGAAGAAGACCGUGAUGGACCAGUUUGGUAAAUGGUGGAGUGAAUACGUCCUCUGGGGAAAAUCUGAGAUGACCGAGUCUGAUUUCAUAGAGCUAAUGAGCAACGCCUGGAAGUCGGAUAAACAGAAGUUUGUUGAGAGGAUGCAGACGUGCAUGGAUAUGAUUUGUAACAUUGUUGAUACAAACAAAGACGGAGAUAUCUCUCUGGAAGAAUUCAACAUUAUUAUGAAGUCGGCAGGGCAUAACGACAAAUCGCUGGACGAAAAGUUCUUCGAGAACUAUCACCCAGUUGAUGGUAAAGUUCCUAUAAAGGUGAUCUCUGAUUCGUGGGUACAUUUUGUAACGUGCGAGGACAGCGAAAAGCCUGAUAUAGUAAAAGUCGCGUUUGAAUUCGGAGUGUAAUAGACUUGAAAAUCCGAUCACUUAUUUUCUUUAUGUUAAAGUGCCCAUAAAUCUGUAAUUGAUGCUUAACUCAGUGAGUUAAAGAUACUUUUAAUUAAAUGUACUUUUAAAAUCUUAUUGUUUGUUAAUACAUAAGACCGUUAUGAUAUUUGCAGAAACACUAUAUUCGUUUUAUAAAUGAUGUUCGAGGAAUAAAAUAUUUUCGCCUGACUUAA